AUGGCCGAGGCUGCAAAGACGGACAAAACUGGCUGGUUCAAGAGAACUGGGUGGUUGUCGUUUCUGCAGGGCCGGAAUCUGGCCCAUCUAGGCUAUCAAGCCCGCUUGCCCGACCGAAACGAAGCAAAGCUGCAGCUGGCUGCUACGCUGACAGAAGAAUUGAUUGAAAGAUCCGUUCGUGGCUUGGCAACGCUUCCGCAGGAAACACGACGCUGGCUUCGUAGUGCGCAGCAGACAGAAAUCGAUCAACGGCCGCUGGCGCGACUGCAGAACCCCGAGAGUCAGGCAACGUACACUAGCUACAUGGUCCGAUUUGUCUGCUUCUAUCUCCGCAUUGUUGCCGACGAAGAGCGUCGAGUAGAUGAACACGUAGCACAGAGGGCUCAAGCCGUUAGCGUUGACAGUGCAAGCGACGAGGACGCUAGCACAGAGAGCGAGUACGACGACAGCGACAUAGAAGGCACCGUCAACAGCAACGACAACGACGGUGUUGUGCUACCGCGGCAACCGCGUCGCGUUGUACAGGCUGACAAGAUGAAGGAUGCGCGCGAGCUGUUCACGUGGAAGGACAAUCAGAAGGCGCUAGCAAUCCAGCUAUGGCUUACGCUGGGUAACCGCGACGCAGCUGCUCAGACAAAGGCGCUGCUUGACUCGCUAGCUUCGUUUAUUCUCACAGGCUAUGGCAGCGAUGAGUUUUCGAGUGGUCUGGUGCAGUAUCUGGCUGUGCUGGGCAUUGACACGCAGACAAACCGCUUGCGUACGGCAAAGAAUUUCUCGUACAUGCUUGCUGGCGUGGUCUACUGCGUUCGCGUACUCGCAGCAGAAAAGAUUCUGCCCGCAGCCGAGCGCGUCGAUCAGACGGAAGAAGACCGCGAGCGAUUCUUGGCUAUGCGCAGGCAGUAUCUAGCGGAUGGCUCGUAUAGUCCGAUGAGCAUUAUGCUGAGUCUUCUCGCGUAUGGCAAGCACGCAGCGCUCAACGAGGGCAAUGCUGGCAACGCAUACUGGUCCCCCGACAAGAAGGUGUUUUAUCUCAGCGGCCGGCCGAUUGUGAUGGAGCGUUUCCGCGCGAUGGCGCAGAGCAUGGAAGCGGAGGCAGAGGACACGUUUUGGCAGAUGUGCUGGGUUGAUCGUAUAGCUGACCGUUUUACGGUGGAUCUAGCGCAGAUUCAAGACGACGUUACAUUCACGACUCGGGGCAGGUCGUUUGUUACUACCCCAGGCAACCGUCUGUCGGAUGGGCUGGCUUGGAUGCUGAAAAGGGCGCGGGGCACAGAGAGCGGCAUGCGACUACAGACGUCGGACGGCCGGUGGAGAAGCAACAAGGUGCGGGAGUAUCUACGGGAGGUAGAUCGCUUCUUAGCGCUACUGCUAGGCUGUGUGCACAUGGAAUCGGGACAGCCGGCUCGAGGCUCUGAGAUUGUGACGAUGCGGCACCGCAAUGGGCUGCUACAGGACCGCAAUGUCUUUGUUGUAGACGGUGCUGUCAUGACCGUCGUGCGGUAUCACAAGUCACAGUCGCAGUGGGACAAGCCGAAGGUGGUUCCGCGCUUUCUGCCGCCGCGAUUAGGGCAGGUGAUGGUGUUGUACUUGAGCUACUUGCAGCCGUUUCGAGAGUAUCUUGUAGCAACUGUGCUCGGGGGUGGGUUAGACGACUAUAUCUGGAGCAAUGAGCAAGGCGCAUGGGGUACAGAUCGACUCACGAGGGUACUACGGCGUGAGACGGGUAAGCGACUUGGCGUCGAGCUGAGUACGCUAGGCUACCGUCACACAGCUGUUGGAAUCGGGCGGGCAAAAGUAGGGGAGUCGUUUGGCAAGGGCUAUCAAGACGAGGUUGGCGAGAUUGAUGAAGCGGAGGUAGACGAGGAUGAGGAGGACUUGAUUGAGCUGCAGAACUCGCGAACGACGGUUAUGGGUGUAGGCAACUACAGUGUGUCGAUUGAUAUUGUCAAGCAUCUAAGCACGCGGUCGAUUGAUGCGUUCCGGGCGCUGAGUACCGCUUGGCACCGCUUUUUAGGUGUAGAUGGACAGGCUGAAGCGCCCGAGGAGCGCCGACUGCCGCGGAAAAGGCCGAUGCGAGAGAGCAUCUCAGGGCUUCCGAUGCUUCCGAAAGCGAAGGCCGUUCACGUAGAAGAUGCGCGAGCUGCGGCUGUGCAUCGGGCGCUGCAGCAGGUGCUAGGGAAGCAGGACGUCAGGUUUCGCUCAAUAGAGCAGGAGCAGGCUCUGUACGCAGUGCUGGAUAAGACGACACCGCUUGUUGUUGUGCUUCCGACAGGAGGAGGCAAGAGCUUGCUGUUUACGCUGCCGGCAUGCAUAGAAGAGACUGGGGUGACGGUAGUCGUUGUGCCGUACCGGGCGUUGAUUGAGGACUUGGUGAGCCGGAUCUGCAACUGCGGUAUUGACUGCAUGGAGUGGAAGCACGGUGAGAACAAUCCAGCGUCUGUGGUGGUCGUCAGCGCAGACGUAGCAGGCGACAUUACGAGCAACGGCAACUUUUUAGGGUACGCUCGGCUGAUGAAGGACAAGGGGCUACUGCAGCGAGUCGUGCUAGACGAGUGUCAUCUACUGUUUACAGCGCGACACUGGCGGUCAAAUCUGCUCAAGGUAAAGAACGUGCGACUGCUUGGAUGCCCGGUUGUGUUGUUAACGGCAACGCUGCCGCCGGUGCAGGAGGGGGAGCUCGAGGCAAGCAUGCUGGUGCGCAACGCAACGUAUAUCCGGGCAAGCACAGCACGACCGAACGCGCGCUACUUUGUGUCGUGGUGUCAACGCAAGGCAUUGGAGGACACGGCGUUGGUAGUAUGCAAGCGAUGGGCUGUAAAGCUGGGGCGGACAAGGCAGAAGGGGGUAGUGUACUGUCUGAGCAAGGCGCAGUGUGAGUGGAUCGCGGAGGAGGUUGGCU